AUGCUGUCAGACUUUGACCUUUCCAAGCAGUCAGACCCCGGCGGUGUCCCUACCAUGAUCAUGUCUGGCCGCAAUGGUGUCUCGAACAACCCCAACAACAUGCCCGCCAUCGACACCAAGUCGUGUAUCAACAACUUCCGCACCAAUUCCUUCGUGGGUACAGAAGAAUAUAUUGCACCUGAGGUCAUCAAGGGCUGCGGUCACACUAGUGCAGUAGAUUGGUGGACUUUGGGUAUCUUGAUUUAUGAAAUGCUUUACGGCACGACACCUUUCAAGGGGAAGAACAGAAACGCUACCUUUGCCAACAUCUUGAGAGAUGAGGUGCCCUUCCCCGAAGGCAGUGGCUACCCCAAUGUCAGCAGGUAA